AAACAGCCAUUACCGUGUUUCUUGGGCAAGGCGGAGGCAUCAGAUGGACAUACUCCAGAAAAACGGCAACGUCAUUACGAUGAACAUUUGCAACCACUUGGAGCGAGCUUGCGGGAUAUGAAAUCGUUGCAGACAAAUUUCCUUUCUGUUCCUUUCGGCUCGUCCUUGCCGUGUCCUGGAGAAUCGUCUUCGUGUUCCAGCAGCGCGUGCCAAUCCGAAGAGCUGGAAAAAACAUGGUACACUGUCAGUCGAAUGCCAAUGCCGCUUUCUUGUCUUUGUCCAUUGCGACAAUUGUUAAAGUGUUCAGCAAGUGAUGGACUUAGAGGAGCCAUCAUGUCUUUUGGCCUUUGUGAGACAUCGGUGGACGAUGACACGGAUAGAAUAAAAGUGGAGUUUCAAUUUUUGACUCUCCCAAACUUAGGAUUCGGAGCACGGAUCUAUCAGAAUGUAAGCAAGGUCACGGAGAAGAGACGAUUCACCUUACUGGGCUCAGGCAGGAAU